AUGAGUUAUCCAUGCAGAAAUCAUCUCCUCGGCGACUUCAACAAAAGGUCGCUUGCAGUGCGCGUGUCGCCAGUUGGGACCCCAAAGGCCUCAACAAAGAUGCCUUCGUCGUGCUGCCCGGCGACGCUGCCGUUAUUGCUGAACUCUAGGGCCCCGGUGCAAUCACACAUUUAUGGUUUAUCGGAGAAGCAAUUCGGCGGCGCAGCAGCCUUCAAUAUUUACCUGACGAUGUCAUUUAACAAGCGCGCCUGGAUCGAGAUUGAGAACCAGGACGAUGAAGCCUAUAUGCAAGACUUUUGUGUUAAUUACGAGCUCUACCUCAGGAAGACGUGCUAA